GUUAAUGAAGCGCCUCGACAGGGGUCUUUUCUGCUCCUGUCACGGCAUGCAACGAUCAGAUGGUGGGGAGGCAGGACAUGGAGGAGGCGGCCGCUACUUAGCUGGGGCUGCCGCUGCUGCCGCCGCCGCCGCCGCCGAGGCGCAGAGGAGAGCGGAGCCCGGGCUCCUCCUCGCCCGGCUCCCGGGGCCGCCUGAGCCUUCCAGGGCGGCGGAACUCCCCGGCCGCCGAAGCCGCCCCCGCCGCCCGCGCCCCCUUCGGGACUCAGGACCUGGCCGGCGCGGCUCGGGGCACAAGCGGCACCCGCAGGCGCCUCGGGCGGGAUCCCCGAUGCGGACGCUCACUUGGCUGCAACUUUAAGGUCUCCGCCCGCCCGCCACCAUGCCUCGCCCGGGCCGCAACACGUACAGCGACCAGAAGCCGCCCUACUCGUACAUCUCGCUGACGGCCAUGGCCAUCCAGAGCUCGCCGGAGAAGAUGCUGCCGCUGAGCGAGAUCUACAAGUUCAUCAUGGACCGCUUCCCCUACUACCGGGAGAACACGCAGCGCUGGCAGAACUCGCUGCGCCACAACCUCUCCUUCAACGACUGCUUCAUCAAGAUCCCGCGCCGGCCCGACCAGCCGGGCAAGGGCAGCUUCUGGGCGCUGCACCCCAGCUGCGGCGACAUGUUCGAGAACGGCAGCUUCCUGCGGCGCCGCAAGCGCUUCAAGGUGCUCAAGGCCGACCCGCUGGCGCCCAGCAAGGCCGGCUCCGAGGCGGCGGCGGCGGCGCACUACCUGCAGCAGCAGCAGCAGCAGGCGGCCAAGCUGCGCCUCAGCGCCCUGGCGGCCGCCGCCGCCGGCGGGCCCCACCUGACCCACAUGCCGCCGCCGCCGCCCUACAACCUGGCCGUGCCGCAGCCGUCGGGCUUCAAGCACCCCUUCGCCAUCGAGAACAUCAUCGCCCGCGAGUACAAGGUGCCCGGCGGGCUGGCCUUCUCCGCCAUGCAGCCCGUGCCCGCCGCCUACCCGCUGCCCACGGUGGGCGCCGCCGGCUGGCCCCACGUCUACGGCUCGGGCAUGCUCGACCCGGCCACCCCCAUCUCCAUGGCCAGCGGCGACUACGGCGCCUACGGGGUGCCCCUCAAGCCGCUGUGCCACGGCGGGCAGACGCUGCCGGCCAUCCCGGUGCCCAUCAAGCCCACCCCGGCGGCCGCCGUGCCGGCCCUGCCCGCCCUGCCGGCCCCCAUCCCCACCAUCCUGUCGAACUCUCCGCCCUCGCUCAGCCCCACGGCGUCGUCGCAGACCGCCGCCAGCCAAAGCAGCCCCGCCACCCCCAGCGAGACGCUCACCAGCCCGGCCUCGGCCCUGCACGCCGCGGUGGCUGUUCACUGACCCCCGCCGGCGCCCGGCAGCCGCUCCGGGCGGGACGCUCUUCAGCACCGCGGACCGAGGGGAAAGGCAAGCGCCCCACCGGUCGAGCCCCUCCACCUCCGCGGCCUCUUCCUGGGCGCUUGUGCUGUCGCUCGUGUGGACGGACUUGGCUUUACUCAGUGGCACUGGGGUGUGUGUGUGUGCUCCGGAGCCAAAUCACUCCCCGUUUCUCUGCCCCACCCCGCCCCAAAGGCUCCUUCCCCUCCCCAGCCUGCGUCCAAAGGUACUUCAAGCAUCUGGCCACAUUUCCAAGCCUGGCUGGAGAGAGGAAACGGCGUCCGCUGAGGCGCUUCUUUUCCCCGCCUUGUUUUCUCUGAGUGGAUCGUGUCUCUCCUCCUCAUCCCUGCCUGGGGUACUCUUUUUUUUUUUUUUUUUAAUGAAAUUAAAUUAAACUCCUUGCAAACGGCUGCAGAUGAUGACCCUCCCCAGAUCCUCUCUGCUCUAACACAAAACGUGUCCCACUGGCCAGCAGAGAGAAGUGCGCAGAGUUUUCCAAAAUGCUGAUUUCAAACUCUUUGCCUCUUGUUUGUUUUGAAGUCUGGGUGCAGGUUGGCAGGAAACGCGGCAUGCACUAAAUGGGCAGCAGGUUUCCCCCCGCCCAACUUGAGAAAAUGCCCAAAUCGCCCCAGUUCUCUGCUUGGGAAAGAGAACUCUUCCUCCUCUCGUUUAGUUUCCUCCUCCUCCUCCUUUUCCGAAUCUCUCCCUCUCUCUUUCCUCUCCUUCCCUGGUAUCAUCUAGUGGCUGCUGCCCGGGGGAGAGCUCAGGCAGGGAAACGGCCUCCUCCCACCCCCAAGCUAGCCAUGUUUAAAGUGCUCCCCAGCUUGUGUUUGAGGUUCCUAUGCCUCUUGCUCGCAAGCAAAUGCCGGUCCAACCCGUCGGAUUUCCUUCCGAGCUGCAGAUCUCUUGCAAAGCAAAUCAACGAGGUUUUUCUGUUUCAAAACAUGCUUAGCUUUGACAGCUUCGGGCCCAUCAGGUUUCCAAAGUGAUUUGAACACGACACUGUAGUGCGGAUCAGAAAGCCGUCGCUCACUGACCUUCCUCCCCCCGCCCCCCCGUCACUUUUAGGAAGUCUUUUCACGCGAAAGUUGCAUUUUCAAGUGGGAGAGAGAAAUCAAGCAAUUGGUUAAGUCUUGGGUCAUUUUGAGGAGUGUCAUACAUAUUUCUUUGCUUGGAAAUAUUCCCAAGUAAAGAAACCACCCGACUCUUUGCUAAGGAGUUUGCACUGCCGGCUUAGAGGAGAAGCAGAGAAAGGAAUCCGGGCAGAAAGCGAUGCUGUUUGUUUUCUGUUGGAACUUUACCGACAAGCGGAGAGGGGCGGGGUGGAGGGAGCUGUAAAUGUUUGUGAAUAGGAAUGAUUGCCACCUGUGUAAAAUGCACUUUUGUUCCGUGUCCCCCUUUCCUAGCUGUAGGUAAUUUGCUGGAAUCCGCCUGUUUGUGAACUGCUUAAGUUAAAAGGAAAAGCAAAAUACGAUGUUGAAGCGUUCAUCCGAAACUGUUAAGAAGUUUAGGGCCUGACCCGGCAGGAAGUGUUCCUGCGCAAGGCCCAUUACAUAAGAUAUUGCGCAUUUCCCAGUCUGUUUCAGUGGAAAGUGUAGAAAGACUUCCCGCUGGAUUGGGCCCUAACUCACUCUCUCUCUCUCUUUAAAAUUUCCUGUACAGAAUGAGCAUGAUGUUUUAAAUAUGGGUGUUCUUGUUCCUUCCAAGCAUGCGUGUUUUCGGACAAAGGUUUGGGUUGGUUUUUUUGUUUUUUUAAAAUGUCUAAGUUAAAUUAUGAAACUAGCCGUCCAAAUAAUAUUUUCGCAUUAAAAUAUGUAAAUCCGGAA